AACUGGAAUACAAAUAAGCACGUAGUAAACAGAGGGCAAAAGGGAAGAGCCUCCCUGUGCUCUGAGCAUUACACAAACAACCAAAGGGACACUCAGCGACAAGCACCAUCUGGAUCAGACCACUGUCAAAAUCAGGAGCAGUACGAGCGGUGUCCUGAUGAGAGAGUGGGCUGAAGUGGACAUGAGUUUCUCUGCUGGGGGGUUUGUAUCCUGCCCUGAUGGAUACUCCACUGAAUCACUGCACUACUAUGACAUGCUGGCUGACCCUGUGUACCACCCUCUCCAGGACCCUGACCUCCAGCUGCUCCCGUACAGCCCACAGCAGCAGUACAGCUCGGGCUACUGCGUGUACUCCCCUCCCUCCUCCUCUUCUCCCUCCCCCUCAUCGCCCUCUUCUCUGACCUGCCCUCCUCUGCACCACUACAGCCCCCCUUAUGCGGAGGCGACCUUCGACCCCAGCCCAGGGCCUCACUACAAGGGCAGCGCGCAGGAGCUGGGGGCCCCAGGGCUUCUUCAUGGACGCAGGAUGAGGAUGGGUUCAGGAGGGAGGAGGAGGGAUCAGGAGGAGCUGUGUGUGGUGUGUGGAGACAAAGCAUCGGGCUACCACUACAACGCUCUCACCUGCGAAGGAUGUAAAGGUUUCUUUCGCCGCAGUGUGACUAAGAAGGCGGUGUACCAGUGCAAGAGCGGGGGCAGCUGUGAGAUGGACAUGUACAUGAGGAGGAAGUGCCAGGACUGUCGACUACGCAAAUGCAGGGCUGUGGGCAUGCUCGCUGAAUGUCUGCUGACAGAGGUGCAGUGUCAGUCCAAACGCCUGAGGAAAGGAGGCAGAGGCAGGUCCCAGGAGGAGGACUGUCCUGAUGGAAAACAAAGGGUCAGCUCCACCAGCAAACAGCACCCACAUGUGCGGUCUCCUGGUCUAACUGGAGAGCAAAAGUACAUGGUGGACAGGAUGGAGGAGGCCCACAGACUGUUCAGAACUCAAGACUGCAGCUUUGACAGAAUGUACGAGUGGUCGUACACAGAGGAGGAAGUUGUGUCUGAUGUGCCUCAGCUGCACAGACUGUUGCAGUAUGCUAGGACCAUACCAGGCUUUGACCUUCUGGACCCCUCAGAGCAGACUUCACUCUUGUCUGCCUCUUCUGUAGAAGUGCUGUUUCUGCUCUCAGCACAGCAGUUCUCCCACUGCCCCAACACCUCCCCCUCAGGUCUGCACUUGUUCAACAUGUGGUCGCACAAGUGGCACAGAAAUUCAAAGGAGAGCCUCCGUAACAGGACACUCACCAGCUCAGAAGUCUGUGAGGACCUGCUAGAGCCUGUAUUGACGUUCUUUCACAGCAUGGUGGCGCUGCAGCUUUCAGAAGCCGAAUAUGCCCUACUCACUGCUACAGCACUACUCUGCUCAGACCGGGCGUCCCCACAGGCUGCAGACUGUGUGGAGAGCAUGCAGGAGUUUGUGCUGGAUCUGCUGUCCAGGGUCUGUGGGUCCCAUGGCGGAGCUGCACGAGGGGGGCCACAGCGUUUUGGGCGGUUGUUGGGCAGAUUGACGGAGCUGCGCACUCUUAGACACAACUACCUCAUUUUGAGACAACAGAGUGGACUGACAGGCGCAGCCCAUUGUCACUUAUAG